AUGGAGCUGGUUCUGUUUUGUGUAAAUAAAGCAACCACUCUUUCACCCACAGGUGAAAACGAGGAUUUUGUGAACUCGGAUGACAUCGUGACACGUACGCUUUUCCCUGAAAGUUGGCUUUGGGAGGAAGUGGUGUUGCCCAAAUGUUCGGCACUGAACCGCCAGUGUCAAACAACCACCUUUCCCAGGGAUGGACUGAAGCUGAAAGACUCCAUAACUACUUGGGAAAUCACAGCCAUCAGCUUGUCCAGCACUCAUGGUAUCUGUGUGGCAGAUGUCCAUGAGAUGACAGUGGUGAAGAACUUCUUUAUUGACCUAAAGCUGCCAUAUUCAGCCGUGCGCAACGAGCAAAUUGAAAUCAAGGCUGUUAUCCACAACUUGAACAGCAGAAGAGUAAAGGUACGCGUGGAACUGAUGGAAACCAAAGACAUCUGCAGCCCGGCUAGCAAGAGAGGAAAGUUCCAAACCAUUGUGACAGUAGAUGCUAAAUCAUCAUACUCUGUACCUUUUGUCAUCGUCCCAUUAGCUUUGGGACACCACGCCAUUGAAGUGAAGGCAGCUGCUGCAGGACGUGCAAGUGAUGGCGUGAGGAAAGAACUCCUAGUCGUGUCUGAAGGCGUUUUGACCAAACUUAAUGAAAACCUACAAUUCAGUCCUUCUAAGAAAGGUGGUGAACAUGUGGAGGUUAUCAGGAGCCUGAUACUGAAGGACCAGGCGCCCAACACACCAUCGAUCACAUAUGUGUCAGCAAUAGGAAAUACAAUCAGUAUAACAAUAGAAAAGGCUAUUAGCGGUCAUGCCAUGGGUUCCUUGAUUAUCCAGCCUGGUGGCUGUGGGGAGCAGAACAUGGCUGGCCUAACGAUGCCCGUCAUUGCAACGCAUUACUUGGACAAAACCAAUCAGUGGCACACCGUGAAUGCUGGGCUUAGGCAGACAGCUGUUACGUACAUUGCGAGAGGUUACAAUCAACAGCUGGCAUAUCGUAAAACUGACGGGUCCUAUGCGGCAUGGAUUAAUCGUGCAAGCAGCACCUGGUUGACAGCAUAUGUUGCUAAAGUAUUUGCCAUGGCCAGUAACAUCGUACACAUAGACCAGAAUGUGAUCUGCUCUGCUCUCAAGUGGCUCAUACUGAACAAGCAGUUACCUGAUGGUGUUUUCAGAGAAGAUGCCCCUGUAAUUCAUGGAGAGAUGACUGGGAAUGUACGUGGGGGAGAUUCUGAAGCAUCCAUGACAGCUUUUGUGCUCAUUGCCCUGCAGGAGGGGAAGGGAAUUUGUGCCGGUCAAAUCUCAAGUCUUGACAGCAGCAUAUAUAAAGCCAUUGUGUAUCUCAGAUCUUGGUUACAUGGUCUGACGAAUCCUUACGCAGUGGCUAUGGCAUCUUAUGCUCUUGCCAAUGGAAAUGCACUUGACAAACAGGUCCUGUUGAAAAAAGCCUCUGCUGAUGGAAGUAACUGGCCUGUCCCUGGAAGCAGUAGCUUUACUUUAGAGGCUUCAGCAUAUGCGCUUCUGGCUCUCGUAAAAGCUCAAGACUUCCAGAGUGCAGCUCCCAUUGUAAACUGGCUCAACAACCAGAGGCAGUACAGUGGAGGAUAUGGCACGACUCAGAUCCCAUCUAACAGGCAGAUCACCAUCAGUGCCAGGGGUUCUGGAAAGUUGUGUUCUGUGUUGUUUUCUCCUCUGCAGAUUGUGACUGAGUACUAUGCAAAACCAAAAGAAAGCAAAAGCACAUGCAAGAACUUUGAGCUUGCUUUGACUUUUGAAAGGAAUGAUAAAGUGACAUAUCAAGGAGCAACUGAGAGUUACAAACUCACUAUCAAAACCAGAUAUCUGUCUGCUGACAGAGACGCCACCAUGUCUAUACUGGACAUAUCAUUACUGACGGGAUUUGUUGUGGAUGAGGGUGAUCUUAAGGCGCUAUCAACUGGAUGUGACAGGAUAAUUCAGAAAUUUGAGAUGAACAAGCAGCUUUCAGAGCGAGGGUCCCUCAUCAUCUACUUGGACAAGGUUUCUCAUAGCAAGGACAAUACCAUUUCAUUCUGGCUGCACAGAAUAAUGAACGGAGGUUUCCUUCAACCAGGAGCAGUCGCUGUAUAUGAAUACUACUCUAUAGAAAAUCGCUGUGUGAAGUUUUAUCAUCCAACCAGGAAAGAAGGAGCUCUUCAGAAAAUCUGUAAGAACGAAGUCUGUCAGUGCGCCGAAGAAAACUGCAGUCUUCAACAGAAGGAGAACAUUCUUGAGGCUCACCGUAAUAAGAAAGCCUGUGAACCUAAAAUAGAUUAUGUUUAUAAAGCUGUUGUGUUGAGAGAAAAUGAGGACGCCUUAACAGUCUACUACGAUAUGAGGAUUGAACUUGCCCUCAAAACAGGUCCAGAAAAUGUGGAAGGGAUGCAGCGUACUUUCUCCUUGCAGAUCUCUUGCAAAGAAGCUUUGAAUCUGAAGGGGGGUGAGAGCUAUCUGAUCAUGGGCCAGGCUGAUGAUGUCCAAAUGGAGGGCAGAAUCGGUCAGUAUGCUCUGGGCGAGAGGACGUGGUUGGAGUUUUGGCCCAGCUUGGAGGAGAGCAAGACAAGUGCUGAGCUCAAAGAAAAAUACAACGGCAUGUUGAGUCUCCAGCAGGAUCUGCGCUUCGGCUGCGGCUAACAAGUCUAACGCCAGACUAUUGCUUUGAGAUGCUCAUUGAGAAAAUGAAAUAUUAUAAAACAGAAAAAUCAGUAUAGCUGCAUUUUCAACUUUAAAUGUAUGUUAAACAUGAUAUAUGAGUUCAUUUUGAAUGUUGCUUUUUUUUAUUAUCCUGUUACUCAGUGAUGAAUUUAUGUAUAAUAAAUCAUGACUUGCUUCUUAAGGCAGUGUUGUUACACAUGCAUGUCUAGGCAAACUUCCAUAAUAAACAUGAUAUAGCAAGAUCAUCUGUUCUGAU